UUUUUUCCACCUUUACUCUCAAUCAUAUUUCAUACCACUCAAACUGGAACCUGAGAUUUUGACUAUGGAUUACGAAAGUAUUGCUACGCCAGAGUCGUGCUAUGUCGACUUUUGCCUUCUUCCCAUCGGAACUGGAACUGUAUCCGUUGCAGAAGAUAUUGCUGAGGUACAAAAGGUCCUCAAGGCGAGUGGAUUGAAGUAUACUCUUCACUCUGCUGGUACCACCGUGGAGGGAUCGUGGAACGAGGUAAUGGCGGCUGUAGGAAAAGCACAUGCUGUUGUGCACCGCCGUGGUGUAGUCAGGAUUCAGUCGUCGAUGAGGGUCGGUAGUCGAACGGAUAAGAAACAGACGGCGGAGGAUAAGGUCAAGAGAGUGGAAAACCUGCUGGCCAAGGACGAGUCUAAGUAAAUAUGUCAUUGGUGAUUAAAUCUGGGAUGGGAGGCAUACAGAUGAGACUAUGAAGCCUAUUUUAUCGGUAUAAUCUCUAUAUAUACCUUAUCCAGACGCCUUCUCGAGUGGCGGAUCAUAGCCGUGAACAUGCCACUGGACAGAGAAUGGCAAAACAGACCAAGUUCUAUCUGUAUGUGCUUCUAAAGCCCAAUAGUAAGUGUAAG